AAACAGGUCCAACCAUCUGUCUUGUAAUUAUUUUCCUUUUCCAUUAUUUAAACACCCUGAUUGCCUCCCCUUUAGCAUCUUUUCAGCAUCUUUCUUCACAUUGCUUACUCCCACCAAUCAAUUAGCUCUGUUCUCAGCGCGAUUUUCGCAACUUCUCACACCGAAAACCCCAACUCCUGCUCUUCCAUCGUCGCACCUUCGCAAAGCCUCAUCAUUUGCUUGCCCAACGGCCAUUACCAGGAUCCCAAAUUCGUUUGGCUGAAAGCAUCUGUUGUCUCGACGCACUCGGCGCUCAUGGGUGGUAAAGUUUUCUCCAAGGGCGAUGACGCUCUCAACAUCCCUCGCAUGCCCCCAACCGUCUACGACGUCGUCAAGCGACAGGCCCAACUUGCUCUCGAGGAGCUGAAGUUCUCCCGCGUCGCAAGCCCCAUCGAGACCCCGGAGAAAGAGACUUUUGGCGAUGUGGACAUCCUUGUGUGCCUCGAGGGAAAGAGCGUCCCCUUUCCUCCCACAGCUGCCGAUUUUACAAAUCCUGAUUGGGACCGGGUUGCGAAGUCCCUGGGUGCUAAGCGCAGCAUGCAGUUUUAUACAACCGGCCCGGGCAAGAAGCGCAUCUUUGACAGCAUGAGCUUUGCUAUCGAUUGGCCUCUCCAGUUUGCCUCGAACCCGGCCGGGCAAAAGAGAGAGCUCGGGGCGGAACCAACUCCUCGCUAUGUCCAGGUUGAUGUUCGCUUGUGCGAUACCCAGAGUGAGAUGGAGUGGCGUCUAUACAAGCACAACCAUGGGGACCUUUGGAACAUGAUCGGCCAGACCAUCCGCCCCUUCGGUCUCACUGCUGACGAAGUUGGCCUGCACAUCCGCAUUCCUGAAUUUGAGGAGCAGAACAGGAAGAAAGCCCGUGUGCUCCUGACCAGCGACCCGGAGCAAGCGAGCGCCUUCCUCGGGCUCAAAUGGCCAAACGGCGGUUGGAAUAAGGAGUUCCGCUCUCUAAACGACCUGUUCGAAUGCGCUGCGAGUUGCAGAUGGUUCAUGUUGUGGCCUAGCGACGAGGACGUUGAGGACAACGCCAAGGAUGGGUCCGACAAGGAGAAAAAGCCGCCCUCGGACAAGAAAAAGGAAGGAACACAGAAGGAACAGCGCCCGGUCUUUGCCCGCUGGGUCGACGAGUUCAAACCCGCCUGCCGCGCAAAAGGCCGUUUCUUGGUCCCCAAUCCGGAGGAACGCACCUGGAAGACCGUCCGCGAGGAAGUCCGCGAGGAAGUCCGCAAGGAGGCAUUUAAGACCUUCCCUGGCAAGGAGGCCGAGUACGACGCCAGGCUGACCGACUGGAAGAAGGAGGAGAAGCGUAUCAAGGUCAAGAACACGAUCAUCAAGGAGGCGACGUUUCUCCCCAAAGACCUCAAGUCCUACCUCCCAGAGCCCAGUGAUCGCGACGGCGACAAGGGCGCCAGGCUGGUCGCGAUCGAGAGGCAGUGGCGCAGCGUGCUGAUCUCGGCGCUGCAGAAGAUCAUCGUCGACGACGACGAUUCUUUCGACGGUGUUGCACCUCCCAAGCUGCGCGACAGCAAGGACGUGCUGGAUGUCGACAGGGUCACAGACUGGCUACAGAUCAACUGGCCCGAUGUGGGGAUCGUCGCGUGGGAGCGGCAGCGCGCCCGUGCUAGGGACCACAUGGAUCGCAGUGCUGCUGAGGAGGCAGGGCGCAAGGAAAGUGGGGGCACUGCCGGCGCGGCGAAAGACAAGAAGACGUGAUGCGUGAUGGGAGGUGAUGUUUGGCGUUCGGGAUCGUGCUAUUUCUUCUGCCGCUUUAUCAACGCGAAGCAUGGAGUUUUGGGCUGAAGCAUUGGACUUGGCGGGCUGGGUCAACUACAGCAUUUAUAGCUGAAUGAUUGUCACAUUACGUUUUUGGCCA